AUGGACCUGCUGAAGGCUAUCCAAAACGACGUACUCAAGCAAAUGGAGGAAGAAACGCAAAACCAGUUCUCAAGCGUGGCGGACUUCAGGGAGUUCAUCCUGGUUUCACAUCCAAGUGCCGAUGUAAGCGUGUCGCUCACCAUGUGCUGCCUUCAUUCGGAGCGUCUUCAUGGCCACCAUGGAACUCGUGUCACGUUGGUCGAUGCUGCACAACGUGACGUGUUCGAGCCGACAUCAAAUGCUCUGGCUGACUUGACACCGCUGAAACGCAAACCGUAUCUGGUUCAAGUGACCGUGUGGGAUGCCAAGCCGAAGAAGGGUGUGGCUGGCAAGCGCAACCUUGAGUUUGAGCCCGGUGCUGUGUACAAAUUCUCCCAUGCCGAUGGAGUGGGGUUUUACGCCGACAUAGCUAAGGGAAGCAUUCAAUACGAACUCGCCAACAACAACAAGAUUUGCGAGAUCAAGGCACCACUUAAAAAGCGCAAGGUGUUCAGUGAGACAUCGCCACAGCCACUGGUAUCCAAGGCUAAAGUAUUGGAGGGCAACACGGGUGUUUCGGGGUUGCGCUCAACGAACGGUGACGUUGUGAUGACUUCGGAGAGCAAGACCGAGGAAAAUCGUCCAGUCGUGACGACGCGCAGCAAGCGUCACCCAUGA